GCCGAACCCCUUCCCUUCACCAAGUAUAAAUCGCCUACCAUGACCGUCGUUUACACUGUGCUUGCCUUCUGCCCUCCAUUUCCGCCCUCCCUUCGUCUGUAAUUUUACGCACUUCUUUUCGUAUUCUUGAUCCUCAGUCGCUUCUACACGUUGCCGAUGGCGCUGCCAAACCAGGCCACCGUAGAUUACCCUAGCUUUAAGCUUGUAAUUGUCGGAGAUGGUGGAACAGGGAAGACAACUUUUGUAAAACGUCAUCUUACUGGAGAGUUCGAGAAGAAAUACGAACCUACAAUCGGAGUUGAAGUUCAUCCACUGGACUUCUUUACGAACUAUGGAAAGAUAAGGUUUUACUGCUGGGAUACCGCUGGUCAGGAGAAGUUUGGUGGACUUAGAGAUGGUUACUACAUUCAUGGGCAGUGUGCCAUCAUCAUGUUUGAUGUCACAGCUCGUUUAACAUACAAAAAUGUCCCAACAUGGCAUCGUGAUCUCUGCAGGGUUUGUGAGAACAUACCAAUCGUAUUGUGUGGAAACAAGGUGGAUGUGAAAAACAGACAGGUUAAAGCAAAGCAAGUGACCUUCCACAGGAAGAAAAAUCUUCAGUACUACGAAAUCUCAGCAAAGAGUAACUACAACUUUGAGAAGCCCUUCUUGUACCUUGCCAGAAAGCUUGCUGGGAAUCCAGAACUCCACUUUGUCGAAUCACCUGCCCUUGCUCCUCCUGAAGUCCAAAUUGACUUGGCCGUUCAAGAACAGCAUGAACGAGAGUUGGCGCAAGCUGCUGUACAACCUCUUCCUGACGAAGAUGACGAUGCUUUUGACUAAGUGCCUUAUUUUAUACAAAGGGCGUGCAUUUGGGGCAAGCUUUUGCCGUAUAGUGAUUGUGGUUCGUACGGGUCGGUUGGUUGUGUCUCGCUAUGUCUGUUUCAUAGUAGGUUUUGGUUUUGGUUAUGGUUUGAUAUAUUUUAACUACUGUUAUCGGUUUACAAUUUUGAUAAAUGAAUAGCAUUUGCACUUUCUUUGUUUUA